AUGAAUCUGAGCCAAGAGGAAGGAAUACUUGAGCGGGUUGUAACUGACCUUGAUGCAGGGUAUAAUAGUGGGGCUUUUAAUGCAGGGAAUGUUGGGGAGCAAGUAGCUAUUGAAGAGACACAAAUGUUAUGCGUGUGGGGAAUAAUGGAGCUCUUAACUUGUUCUAAUGCAGCAACAAAUUUUGGUUGCUCUGUCUAUGUGAAGAAAGUCUCCAAACAGAUUCUAUCCUGUGCUAAGGAAAUAGCAAUAAUAAUUGUGGCAAUGGAGGACGAGAGUAAAUUUCUUCUAGAAAUCAAGAUCAUUGUCAACUUGUUAUGCACCCAAACACUUUCUUUUCUCUCUGUUCACUCUGCUCAACCUCUGUUUUCAUGCAUUCUCACUUUCUGUUUCUUGAUUCUACUUUAUUUGCCUCAUCUGUUUUGGAAGAUAGUUUUCUCACCGGUGCUCAUUCUCUCUGGGAUUCUAUUGCUCCUCCUCCUCCGUCUCGGUGCAAUUCAGAGGUCUCAAAAUGAAGAGAAGAAAAUCUGGGUCGAACGUGAACCCAUUGCCAACGAAGAAAACAGAGAGGAGAAACAGGGGAGCCCCAUUGAACCGGUGGAAGCGGAUUCUCUCGACCAUGUUUACAAGUGGGUAACGAGCCAAUCUCAAAUAGAGUUCAAAUCAGAAACGGGUUUUCGGUCAAGUUCGCGUUUUGACGAGUCUUUCGUGGAAUGGAACGUGAAAGCGCCGUUGGAGGUUAUAUACGAAGGUGAAGAAACAGAGCAGGAUCAGAAUGAGAAUCGUAACAAGGGAAUUCUCAGGUACCCGUCAUUAUCACGCUACUACCCUGAAACUGACUCCGAUAGCUCAUCGGAGAGUGGGUUUCCGGCGACAGAGAACACGUGCUUCCGGUGGGACGAGGAAGACAGAGAAGGGCUAAUUGAAAUAGCUCUGGAUGGUUGCAAGAAGAGGGAGGUGGGUUUUCAGUUCGAGGAGGAGAAUUUGAUCGAGAUUGAUAUUUCUCCGACAAGGCACAGGGAAUUCUCCGGCGAGGACGACCCGUUUUCCGGUGAGAUUUGUUGCAACUAG